GACCGAUAACAUGUCGUCCGGUUGAAGAAAGAGCUAGCAAGGAAGCAAACUGUUUAAUGUUACUCACGAAGUUAAAAGGAGGAAAUGUCGCUGCAGUCCAGCACCCAGGCCGCUUGGUAUAAUAGCCACAGCUGCUGCUGAAGUAUAUAGUUUGUAGAAAUUGUGAUUCUCAGAAAGGAAUGAGCGAUUCUUAUCAAGGAAGUCGUCCAGCUGGCUAGCGAAAAAGUAGCUAGCUAGGCUAGCUGCUAGCUGCCGUUAGCAAGGGAGUUCUUUGUUUUGUUUUUCAGGUGGAGGUCCGUGUAUACAUGAAGAGAAACUAGCGUGGACAUUUGCUUUAACAUUCAACGUUAAUGUAGGAGUUUUACAAUCAUGCACAUGGUGUCUUUAGUAGUGUGUAGUUGAACUGUAAAUUAAUGGUUUCUGGGAUAUUAGACAAAACUAACAUUAGCCACCGAGAGCAACUUUAGCAACAAAGAUCUGAUUUUCUGCGUCGGCCAGGAGAGGACUGGAGACACGAAGAUAUGGGCAACUGUCUCAAGUCUCCGACAUCGGACGACAUUUCUCUGCUUCAUGACUCCCAGUCAGACAGGGCGAGUUUCGGAGAUGGGACAGACCCUGACCUGGAGCCACCUCCGCCGUACCAGGAGCAGGCUCACAUGCCCAUGUACCAUCCCACGCCUAGUCAGGCCCGUCUGGCCACCCAGCUGACAGAGGAGGAGCAGAUCCGCAUAGCUCAGCGCAUCGGCCUCAUUCAGCACCUCCCUAAGGGUGUUUAUGAUGGAGGGCAAGACGGCUCAGAGAAGAAGAUCAGAGAAUGUGUGAUCUGUAUGCUGGACUUUGUAUACGGGGACCCCAUCCGGUUCCUCCCAUGUAUGCACAUCUACCACAUGGACUGUAUAGACGACUGGCUGAUGAGAUCUUUCACCUGCCCCUCCUGCAUGGAGCCCGUGGAUGCUGCCCUGCUCUCCACCUACGAGACCAACUAAUUUUUCACCCCUCCACCCCCCCAAGCUUAGCUCAAACACAGCCCCUCCAGCCCCAAACACACACACAAACCCAACAGUUGCCCUCUUAUAGAGUGAGAGGAGCUUAAAAUAAAUGUGUUGGCUGUUUUCUUGCACUUUGAAACAUUCAAAAUGUACUCACCUAGCGUUGGCCUUUCAUGCCCCCCGGUCUAAGUAAUGAGCUGGUCUUUAACAGUAGUUACACAAGUCAGUACGAAACUGUUUCCAGGCGACCCUGCACGAUUGUGUGUUGUGUGUGUUUGUCAUGCUGACGGCGAGCACGUAGGGUGUGUGUGUGAGAGCUGCUAGGGCUGUUUGAUGACAGUGCAUUUCCACUUGAGCCGGCCUCAGUGGUGUUGGGAUCAGUUGGGGAACUGAUCCCAGUUUACCUUCAUUCCCAAUUAGUCUUCAGUAAAUUCAAUUUGGUUGACAGAUUAUUGACCAAAAUGCUACGAGGUGUUGCCAGAAAUCUGUUUAAGUUUCCUGUGGCUACAGUAAAACUUCCUCAACAUACUGAUCUCCUGAUCCCACAUUAAAACGACCCUACACUCGUGGGAGGUAUGGGGAUAUACAGCUGAAGUUUACACUGUUGGUGUUAGAUACUAAAGACUUCACUCCCCAGUUUGUCAGGAUUACAAAAAAAUUAUGCACACAACUAACAGAAAUCACCCAAAGUUUAUAAGUACACUAUGUACACCUAAAGGGGAUCAAGGCUGCAUGAUAUUCGGCCACUCCAAAUGGCCAGACUUUAAAGAAAGUGCUUUGAGCUGAAGGGAAAACGAUGUUUAAUGUGAAUGUUUCACCGGGCGGUGUGUUAAAGUAGCUGGCAGCCAAUGUAAAGGGCUCAUUUGUGCAUGGGCAGGUGGAUCAGUCCGACAAAAAUUAGAAAUGCUUGCACACACUUUUCAUCUGAUCCAGAGAUUUGCACUUUACUUAUAGGACAGUAUCUAAACAAUAUAUUAAUAUAUGUACCUUAUAACCUUGCACUAUCAAUACUUCAUUCCUUUAUUUCCUGAGAUGCAAAAGUUACAUAGCUGAAAGGGUAUUUUCAAAGCUAUCAGUAGUCACUUAUCACGUUGAAGUAAGCCUGAAGAUGUAUUUCAUGAAAUCUGUGAUUCAGUAGUGUGAGCCUCCGCUUCGUUCUGCUUGACUUUUGAUUCUUGUGUGGGGUUUUUUUGUGUAAGUGAUGGGACAGAGGAUUGCUCCAGUUUAAAGGGGAAGUUUGACAUUUUGGAAAAUGUGCUUAUUCACUUUCGUAUUUAGAGUUAAAUGCAAAGAUGUCAAUGAUUCUGUGCAUUGGUAAGGAGCUGGAGCUAGGAAGCGAUUAGCUUAGCUUAGCAUAUAGACUGUUAGUGGGGGAAAACUGCUCCGACGCUCAGACAUACACAUUUGAGUACCUGUGUAGCUCUGUAAUUUGUGGUUUUUCAGGGAUUUAAAUGUGUGACAACAAAUUGAAAAGCAUGCAAAAGUACAGAUUAAUCAAACAAGAUAUAUCCUGCUUAUAUUAUGAGCUGUAGAGGUGCUGAUAGGAACAUUUUUGAACUUUGGUCAGAGCCAGGCUAUCUUGUUCCCCCUUUAUCCAGUCUUUAUGCUUAGCUAAGAUUAAUGCCCCCUUCAUUUAGCUUCAUAUUUGAUGUACAGAUAUGAGACAGAUAUCAAACUGCUCAUUUCUUGGCAAGAAAGCGAAUUAACACAUUCAUCAAAAUGUCUAACAGUUCCUUUAAGACAGAAAAAAGGCUAAAUUUGAUUCAUUUUUUAUUUUUCUCACAGUGUAAUUGUUUGUUGUUUAUUUCCAUUCACUGGAUCAGUAGUUACAGAAAUUUCCUUUUUUUAUUUGUGGCAUUGUGUGGCGUCUUUUCUCUGUUACCUGUUUUAUCUUCUACCUUCACAUUUUUUUGUUAUAUUUGUGUAAAAUCCACUUUGUAUUUAGGACAGUAUAACUUCUACACUGGUUCAAGCCUGACUGUGUAAACCUCUGUCCCAAAUGAAUUUCAGAGUGUGAGGGACUUCUUUUAUGGUGUGAUUAGUUACAACUGAGAUUAAGUUUUCCAUCGAGCUUUUCCUUUGCUGUGUUUUUCAUUUUAAGUUUAUUCAGAAAAUUAAUAUUUCCUGUAAUCUUGUUUUAUUUCUUUCUUUUUGGAAGGCUAAAAUGCCGUCAUGUAAAAAAAAAAAAAUAAAAUAAAGAGGA